AUGAAGUUCCUCUAUUUUACCGCGCUCAUCUUUUCCGGCCUCGCUCUGGCCGCGCCCAAUGCCAAUAUGGAGAAGCGUCAGGGACUCUGUGAUUCCUGUGCUCAAGCAUGCUUGAGAGCUGGUGAUAAGCCGACUUACGAAGAGUGCACCCGUGUUCCGGGCUGCGAAUUCGUUUGCAACCCUUAA